GCGAAGGGUGCGGCGAGCACACAGCCCCGGCCCAAGCAGCCCAUGCCCCGCCCGUGCCACCGCGGGCUUGCUCAUGAGGCCUCUGCUGAGCCGGAGGAAGAAGAACCGAGGCAUCUCCCUGGGACUCUUCACUCUCUGCCUGGCCGCAGUCCGCUGUCUGCAGAGUCAGGGCGUGUCAUUGUACAUUCCCCAGUCCAUCAUCAAUGCCACAGUGGAAGAAGACGUUCUGCUUUCAGUUGAAUACUCCUGCCAUGGGGUGCCCACCAUAGAAUGGAAGUAUACGUCCAACUGGGGUGUGCAGAAGAUUGUGGAGUGGAAACCAGGGACUCAGGCCAACAUCUCACAAAGCCACAAGGACAGAAUCUGCACCUUUGACAAUGGCUCCAUUCAGCUCUUCAGUGUGGGCGUGAGAGAUUCUGGCUACUAUGUCAUCACAGUGACUGAGCGCCUGGGGAGCAGCCAGUUUGGCACCAUUGUGCUGCAUGUGUCCGAGAUCCUCUAUGAAGACCUCCACUUUGUCGCUGUCUUCCUUGCUUUGCUUGCUGCUGUGGCUGCAGUGUUAAUCAGCCUCAUGUGGGUCUGUAAUAAGUGUGUGUAUAAAGUUCAGAGGAAGAGGAGACACAAACUCAAAGAAAGUACAACUGAGGAGAUUGAGCUGCAAGAUGUUGAGUGUUAGCCAAGGCUGUGUCCAAUUACAUUCCUACCUCAAGAGAAAAACAUUUUCCGAUGAAAGAAGUAAACACAGCCAGUCCACCCUAGAGCCAGUGGAGCCAGUUGUCCUAACACAUCAACCCAUUCCUGAUGAGACAGCAUGGAGUUAUAGAUUGAACAAAGUCAGUUCUAGUACUUGCUCUAAAUUCAAGAAGAAUGCUUGAAGCUUUGAGCCAGAGGCCUUGCUUGGCUGCAGCUUUAGGGCCAUGUUGACCCAUAACCAGUGGCAUAAUGCAGGCACUGGCUGCAUUAUCAGUACACUUUGCUCUGGCCUGGGGUCUGGCAUGUUGGAGGAGUCCCUGUAUCUGAGGCCAGAUUAUCGCCAGACCCACAAGUGUGCAGCCAGCAUUUGAACAUGCUUUGUGCUCCUGUCUGCUCUGCAAACUGCUUGUGCCCUCCUAUCCUCCAUGUGAUGGCUCAGGACUGCUUCAUGAGCUGUUGUGAAAAGCUGGAGGAUUUUAGACAAUUCUACUGCCUAAAAAGCAGAGGUAGACAGAGAGAUGUUACUGUGCUGCAGUGAGUUGCUCUGAGUAGGGCAAGCCCGUGUCUUGAAGCUUUGGGGAGAGGCGCUCAUUGAGUUCCUGAGGAGCCAGCUUUGGGUUCAGGAAAUAGAAAACGAUUUUUCUCUUCUUCCAUCAUUCCAACAUUGUCUUUUCCCUCUGAUGGCCUCAAAGGUAGGCCAGUGUGAGUAAAACAACAGCUGAUUUUCACUACAGCUAGCAUCCAUAAUGGGUGGUACAACUGAAAAUCAAUAGGCCAGGGCUUUGGUUCUGUCCUCCUUAAUGACUUCAUGUUUUAAGUCAGGCCCUUACUCUCUCCUUACUGGGCUAAGGUACACUUGGCCCUCACCUACCUCACAAGGUAUCAAAUGAAGCUUACAGCAUAUAUAGAGCUCUUCAAGCAAGAAAAGCAUGAAUCUUCUUCAAGCAUCUGAAAAGCAUCAAGCACUGUAUUAUCAGAGUAUUGGAAAGUGUAAAGAUCCCCUGGGGUACUGGGGCUCUAGGUAAGAUUGGGGACUGGACCCUGUACAGCUGGCCUUGGCCCUUAUUCUAUUCAGUUUCAUGUUUACUCAGAAAGUUUGUCCAUCCCAACUUCAUUUGGCAAGCUGUAAAGCAUGCAAGAACUGUUUUCAAUUCUCUUCUCUCCCCAACAUUCUCAGCUACAGAUCCAAACAAGAUACCACUCUAAUUAUGAUGGAAACCAAAGUUAUUAGCUGUGUCCUCAAGAGGUCAACUGCAAAUUCACUCAUGCAAAGGAGAAGGGGUGCUAGAACUUUCUCUUCUCUUCUCCCUCCCUUUAGGUCCCCAGUGUCCAUAUCUUUUCUACUUCCCAUGUGAUAGGUAAAGAGUUGUCUGGAAAAGUUGGUAUGAGGCCUUUCUCUAAAUAAUGAAUCCAGCACUACAGGAAGGAAUCUUAGUUUAUUUAGACAUGAACUAUCCGGUGAUCUAAAGAAGGGCCCUGAAGGCAUUACUUGAGUUAUGAAAAGGCAGAAAAGCAAUUGGUCUACACAACUAGUUUGCUGGUCUAGCACUGAACAGAAGUUGCUCACAAAGAACCCUCAGGUCAUGCCCUCCUCUCUCACACACACACCUGUCCUCUUUCCCCAGCAGUAGUCAGGGGAACCCCUCCCCAUGCCUGGGCUGCUUUAUUGUAUCAGUCUCCAGUACCAUGAAGGAACAGGGUGUGAAGUACUGGGGACAAAAGGGGAGUAAGGACAAUAUGGUUAUUGCUCUGCUCUCUCAAACACAGAAAGCCUGUCACCAGGAAAUGGAUUUGGAGCUUGGUAGUUGUGGAAAAUGUGUACUCUCUUUAACUCUACUUUUCCAAGCUCUACCCCUUAGCCUAUCAGAAGUCAGGUGGUAAUCCUCAUAAUAAAAGGAGAAACAGAAAGAAUGCCCAGUGAGAGGCCUUCACAGGCAAACACAGAUGUAAAUUAAAUUGUUCCUCCCAAGAAAAUCUCAUCAAAAGUUAUUACAUCAAAAGAGUUUUGUUUCUUUUUUUUUUUUAAAGGGCAUAUUUUGCACUUUUAAGACUCCCUCCACCAUGACCAUUCCUGUGGAAAGUUUUCAAUUCCAGCUUAUGAAGGGGUUUUGUCUUUUUUUAAAAAGAAAAUAUUAAAAUGUAGAGAUUGUCCAGUAUAAGUGUUAAACUUUAAGUUAUGUUUUAAACUGUGGAAAAAAAAAAAAAAAGAUUGUUUUAAAGAAUGACAUAAAACCUGAAAAUAAAGCCCUGGUUCUUUCUGUGUGAAUCAACUGACAGCACAGGCUCCAGGCAUAAGCAAAAACCUGGCCACAACCAUGGGUCUGGCAUGUUUCAAAUAACAAUGGAACUAAUCUCAUUGGUUCUAACUAGACUCAUUCUUCAGUAAUUCAGAAAAACAGCACCUUGCUAGCACCAUCGUUCUCCCCUGCAUUGUAGCCAGGAGCCAAUUUGAAAUUUGUUUUCAGAAUAUUAAUUGUAAUUUGAGUCCUUCCUUCCUACUUCUGGGAAGGGCUGAAACUAGGACAGGACAAUUGUCCAUUUAGUUCAGUGGUACAUAAGAUGCCCUACAGAAUAUAUGUGCUUUGUCAAAAGAAUGCCCUCUUGGGGAUUAUGAUCUAAGAAACCAAAAUGGCAUACAUUGUACUUUCUCAUAUCAUGGUGAUCUCGGCAAGUACUAAAACAGAGAACUUGUAUCCUUUGAAGCCUAUAUAAAAGGAUUAAAACUGAGAGAGCACCUCACCCUUAUUCUGAUUCAAAAUAUCACACAAUGGCAAGGAGAAAGGCAGUGAGAGAUAACAGUUAUUCCAACAUCUUGCCCAGUGCAGGAAUGCAGAGGCUACAAUUUAGAAAAACUAUGUAAGAAGGUAACAAUGGGUAGAGGAAGAGGUGGCAGAAUAGAAUGCUGGGUGAUGAAGACGGAGUAACAAAAUGUGUUACCCAGGGAUGUGACUCAAAACGCACUUCCUCUUCGAUUUGACUGAAAUUCAGUCUCCUUGACAACUUGGGAGGGAUUUUGGAGAAAAGGGAAACCUUGCUGUCAUCAGCUUUUACAUAUCCAGCAUAGAUUUUUUUCUGCUCAGUUACCAGAGAAGCAUCAGACAAGCCUAUGGUUAUUAAAAGCAAAACAAAUCCCCAUGGUUGUGGUUCCCAUUUCAACCCAUAACUCAACUUCCAUUCAAUUUCUAUCCCAGCUGUUAGUCUUCCAAUCCUUGAGAAGGAAAUCAUAGUUGCUGAGGUAACUAUUUCAACUGCCUUUAAAUAAGGUAGGUAGUUUUGGUUUGCUUUAAUGACAUUAGUGACACAUCCUUUAUUAAAAUUCAAAUGCUACUUAAAUCUAUAUACAAAGUAAACAUUCUCCCUUCUUCCUCAACCCUAUUCCCCAGAGGAGACAAUGGUUGAAUUUGGCGUGUAUCUUCUAGACCUGCCUAUGUAUAUAUGAACAUAUUGUCUAUAUACAUAACAUAUAUAUAUAUAUUUACACACACACAAUUUUCUUGUUAGCAAAUGGGAUUAUAUUAUACAUAUCAUCCUACAACUUGCUUGUUUUCCUAGUGUAUCUUUGGAAUUUGUGUCUCUACCCAUCCUAAGCUUCAUUCUUUUUAAUGCCUUUACAAUACAAUCCAUAGCAUGGAUACAUUAUAAUUGUUUGUUUACUGGAAAAUUAUUUUUUAUUCCACAUGAUAUACUCAUAAAUAAAAAUCUUGGGCACACUUUC